AUGGAUCCCCGGAUAGCCUGGUUCCAGCCAGAGCAGCUCGGCCCGUCGAACCGCCUGUGGAUGCAGAUCUGGGAGACCACGCAGGGGGUUCGCAACCUCUACUUCCAGCAGCAGCAGCAGCAGCAGGAACAGCAGCAGCAGCAACAGCAGCAGCAGCAGCAGCAGAGCGCCCCCGCCGCGGCCGGCCCGGCCUCCCCGCCCGGCAUGUACCGCGCCCCCCGCGCCGACCCCCCGCCCGACUUCCUGCCGCUCGAGAGCGCCAACAACCCGCACAGCCGCGGGCACCGCCAGGCCUCGCCGCCCCCGGGGGCCGCCGCCUGGGCCCGGCCCGCGCGGGGGGCGCCGCCCGCCGCCGCCGCCGCCGCCAGCAACAAGAGGAAGCGCGACAACAAGGCCAGCACCUUCGGGCUCAACUACAGCCUGCUGCUGGGCCGCGCCCCCGCCCCGGCCGACGAGCCGGCCGCCCGCGCUCAGCCCGGCCUGGCCGAGCCGCUCUACACCGGCACCCCCUGGAAGAAAAGGAACUACAGCCAGGGAGUCGUGGGUCUUCAUGAAGAAAUCAUUGACUUUUAUAAGUAUAUGUCUCCCAGACCUGAAGAAGAGAGAAUGCGGAUGGAAGUGGUGACCAGAAUAGAAAAUGUUAUCAAAGAGCUCUGGCCUAAUGCAGAUGUGCAGAUAUUUGGAAGUUUUAAAACUGGUUUAUAUUUACCUACAAGUGAUAUUGAUUUAGUUGUGUUUGGAAAAUGGGAGACAUUACCUCUUUGGACCCUGGAAGAAGCUCUUAGAAAGCACAAUGUAGCAGAUGAAAACUCAGUAAAGGUUUUAGAUAAAGCAACUGUACCUAUUAUUAAACUGACAGAUUCCUUCACUGAAGUAAAAGUUGAUAUAAGCUUUAAUGUACAGAAUGGGGUUAAAGCAGCCCAGCUCAUCAAAGAUUUUAUCAAGAAAUAUCCUGUGUUACCAUUUCUAGUUUUAGUAUUGAAACAGUUCCUGUUGCAGAGGGACCUUAAUGAAGUAUUUACAGGUGGAAUUGGUUCUUAUAGUCUCUUUUUAAUGGCUGUCAGUUUCCUUCAGCUGCAUCCCAGGGAAGAUGCCUGUAUGCCCAAUGCCAACUAUGGUGUUCUUUUAAUAGAGUUUUUUGAAUUAUAUGGACGUCACUUCAACUAUCUGAAGACUGGAAUCCGAAUAAAGGAUGGUGGCUCUUAUGUUGCCAAGGAUGAAGUGCAGAAAAGCAUGUUGGAUGGCUACAGACCAUCAAUGCUGUACAUCGAGGAUCCAUUACAGCCAGGUAAUGAUGUUGGGAGGAGUUCCUAUGGUGCCAUGCAAGUGAAGCAGGCUUUUGAUUAUGCCUACGUUGUUCUGAGCCAUGCGGUUUCCCCCAUAGCUAAAUAUUAUCCUAACAACGAAACAGAAAGUAUAUUAGGGAGAAUAAUUAGAGUAACACAAGAAGUGGCCACCUACAGAGACUGGAUAUCCAAGCAGUGGGGAAUGCAAAGCAGAACAGAAUCUUCAUGUAAUGGUAAUGGAGUAACCUUGAUAGUAGAUACUCAGCAGCUGGACAAAUGCAACAAUAAUCUUGCUGAAGAGAAUGAAGCACUGGGAAAACCUAGAAAUAAAACUUCAGAAACACUUAGUAAACAUUCUUCAAAUUCUUCAUCAGGUCCUUUAUCAUCAUCAUCAUCCACAUUGUCCAGCUCUAGUGAUGUAGAUUCUGAUGGAACACCUUGCAAAACCUCUAAACAGUUGAGUUGUCGUCAGUCUACCACAAACAGAGUGGGGUCACAAGAAGUGUCACUGGAAUCCUCCCAGUCAAGUGGGAAAACACAAAAUAGCCAAACAGCCAAUACAUCCAGCAACACGAACAAAUCUCAGCAUGGAUCUGCACGGUUAUUUCGCUCAUCCAACAAAGGCUUCCAAGGUCCAGCAAACUCAAGCCAUGGUACCUCAGUCACAAACAAACAGCACCAAGGCAGCAAAUCACACCAUCAGUUUUUCCACGGCAAAAAGAGGAAACACAAGAGGGAUGCAGCCCUGUCAGACCUUUGUAGAUAGUUGCCUACUUUAUGACUGUUCUUCUGUGUGCAAUGAUCUCAUGCUACAGGAUAGUUUGAUAGUGACUCCUUGGAUCUCUUCUGGAGCUUCAGACUGUUCAGACAUAGAUUAGCAACUGCAUUUUUUUUUUCCCAGCUCGCCACGGAACGGAACAUGAAGAUUGAUCACUGCAAAAAAAAAAAAAAAAGAAAAAAAAAAGAAAAAAAAAGAAAAAAAGGAAAAAAUAAUUUUUAUAAAAGAGGAAAAAGGCUGCUCAUUUGAUAAGUCAUAUGCUACAACAGGGUCAUUUAGGAUAUAAAAGCUUGAAUGUAAAAUAAAUGUAUUUCCCAUCAGCUCAUGCUGACCUGUAGAGAUAGUACUCAGUGUGUCUAGGGGGUGGUAACAAACAAAUAAAACACAAAAAAUAGGAGAAAAAAAAGGCAAAAAAUUGUAUUUUGAGGGAAAUCCAGCCUUUAAAGGUGAAAGUAAUUUGUGCAUGAUUUUUUAAUUAUUUUUGCAUAUACUUACCAUUUUAUUGUGUAUAUAUAGAUGACCAUAUAGGAAAACUGACAUUUGUAAUAGUGGAUUUGUUAAUACUUUUUACAUAACAUUACUGUUUAAAUUGUAAACAUAAAUUUUUCUCAGGAUUAGUUUGGAAAAUAAUCUGAAUUGUCAUCUUAACAUCCAUAUAAAGAGACAUUACUAGUUACAUUGCUCAGAAUUUCUUUUCUUGGCAUUUGGAAGAUCUCAUAGAACUUUUGAUCUGCAAAAGCUGUUCCUCUGAAAGAAAGGUUUAUGGUGGCAAAUGAAGAUUUUCAUUUGUGUAAAGUGUACAUGUACUUUGUGUAGACACUGAGCUUGUCAUCUCUGAGAAGUAACCUUCACCUUGUUUUCUAGAGUGCCAUCAUUUCAGGCAAUGGGGUUUUCUAUUGCAUCCUUCUCUUCCUCUCCAUACUGGUCUCUCCU